CUUGGCGCACCUAGGGCUGCACCAGCUAGCUGUGUGCUUGUACUACUACUACUCUGAUUCAUAAAAUCUAUUUGCCGGCGGCUGUGCCGGAAGUCCCUUGUACUAGUACUACAUAGAGAAGUAAUGGCCGCGGCAUCAAUGGAUCUCUCUCUCACAAGCUUUGUCCUACCUAAACGUGCUUCCAUUUUCACCUCAAGGAACGCCCGGGUAUUUACAAUCAGAUGCUCUUCUUCUCCUUCUCUCCCCAUGGACGCCGCUUCAGCUCUUGGGUUGGCUGAAAAGCCAUGGAAGACGGCUGAUGCGAGGCUUGUUCUUGAAGAUGGUUCAGUCUGGAAGGCCAAGUCUUUUGGUGCUAAAGGAACCCAAGUUGGUGAAGUAGUAUUCAAUACUUCCUUAACUGGAUAUCAAGAAAUACUUACAGACCCAAGCUAUAAUGGACAGUUUGUGUUGAUGACAAAUCCACAUAUCGGAAACACUGGCAUUAAUUUUGAUGAUGAAGAGUCGAGCAAGUGCUUCCUUGGAGGUUUAGUAAUAAGAAGUUUAAGUAUCAGUACUUCAAACUGGAGAUGUACGAAACCUCUAGGUGAUUACUUGGCUGAGAGGAACAUUAUGGGAAUUUAUGACGUUGAUACACGUGCCAUAACACGUAGACUGAGACAAGAUGGAAGUCUUAUAGGCGUGUUAAGCACUGAAAAUGAUAAAUCGGAUGAACAACUUUUGGAGAUGUCUCAGAAUUGGAAUAUAGUAGGUGUUGAUUUAAUAAGUGAUGUUUCCUGUCGGACUCCUUAUGAAUGGAAAGACAAAACUGAUAAUGAGUGGGACUUCAACUCUAUCGGGAGAGAUGGAAAAACCUUCCAUGUUAUUGCUUAUGAUUUUGGAAUCAAGCACAACAUACUUAGGAGGUUAGCUUCAUAUGGCUGCAACAUUACUGUAGUUCCUUCAACAUGGUCAGCUGUCGAGACCCUGAAGAUGAAACCUGAUGGAGUUCUAUUUAGCAAUGGCCCAGGAGACCCAUCUGCAGUUCCCUAUGCUGUACAAACAGUCAAAGAAAUCGUUGGAAAAGUUCCUGUUUUCGGAAUAUGCAUGGGCCAUCAGUUGCUUGGUCAGGCUUUGGGUGGUAAGACCUACAAGAUGAAGUUCGGUCACCACGGUGGAAAUCAUCCUGUACGUAAUCUUCAAAGUGGAUGUGUCGAGAUCAGUGCCCAGAACCAUAACUAUGCAGUGGACCCCUCAUCACUUCCGGAAGGUGUGGAGGUGACACAUGUGAAUCUCAACGAUGGAAGUUGUGCUGGUCUUGCCUCUCCUAAGCUAAAGCUUAUGUCACUUCAGUACCAUCCUGAAGCAUCUCCAGGACCCCAUGAUUCUGAUUAUGUUUUUGCUGAAUUCAUACAGCUGAUGGAAAGAGAGAAGAGCGAUGUAUGAUCUGGGUUAAAAGUGCUGGAAAAACAUGGAUGAAAACUUUAGAAAAGAGUUAUGUUGUUGAAUUCAAUUUUUGUUUUUGUUUUUGUUUUUGGUUUUGUUAUUCGGUAUGGGAUUGGAUAAAAACUGUAGAAGCAGCCUCUCUGUUGUGGGCCAAAUUAUGGUAAGGUUUUGGGCAAUAAAUAUAAAAUUUAU